UCUUUACUAUAUAUUUCUGCAUCAAUUUCCUUCCCUGAAUUCUCACUGGUACACUAGGGAAACUAUUUCUAAGUGGCCUAGUGGUUCAACAUCCAAGGUAGUGCCCUUGCAACUUGUAUUUUAUCCCACCUUUCCCCACAAUUUCCCAUGUUCAAAGAGAAAAAGGAAAAAAGCCCCUGUAUGUAUUUAUGUCUUCUCUUCUCCCAUUUGCACUUACUGCUGCAGAGUCGAAGCGAGAACAAAGAAACCUCGAGGAAGAGAACAAAUCCUUUCCUUCACCUUCACGUCUCCAUUAAUGUUCUCUGCUCCUCUCUUCAUUUAAAACCCUAGUGUCCUCAUAUCGUCACCCCUUGCCGUUGACUUCCGUUCCCUUUCUCGGUCUUGAAGUUCCUGUUCCCGCUCCAAACUGAGCCAAACAAGGAAACUAGAAGAAACUACGCAGGUUUUCUCUCUUGGGGGUUUUUAUUUUGAUUUUCCUUCCAUGGAUUCUUGUGAAGAUCCUCAUCAUCAACAAGAACACCAGUCAAAGUGUACUAUGCGGGUUCCUGGGCCUAUCAUUGUAGGCGCAGGGCCAUCGGGUCUGGCGACCGCCGCUUGUCUCACCGAACAGGGAGUGCCCCCCCUUGUUCUUGAAAAAUCAGACUGCAUAGCUUCUCUCUGGCAGCAGCGCACCUACGAUCGUCUCAAGCUCCAUCUCCCCAAGCACUUUUGCCAGCUCCCGCUUCUAGAUUUUCCGGAGGAUUUCCCCAAGUACCCCACCAAGCAACAGUUCAUUUCUUACAUGGACUCUUACGCUACGCAUUUCUCAAUCCGACCCCAGUUCAACCAAGCUGUUCAAAGUGCGGAGUUUGAUCCCGAGUUCGGGUUCUGGAGGGUCACAACUAAGGAUCGGACGUUCAUUUCCAGGUGGCUCAUUGUUGCCACCGGCGAAAAUGCAGAGCCUGUGAUGUCGGACGUUGCCGGAAUAGAGAAGUUCCACGGCUCUGUUUUGCAUACCAGUGCAUAUAAGUCCGGUUCCGAGUUCAAAAACAAAAGGGUCCUCGUCGUUGGCUGUGGGAAUUCCGGCAUGGAAAUCAGCUUGGACCUCUGUCGCCACAAUGCCAUCCCUCACAUGGUCGUUAGAAACGCAGUGCAUGUUUUGCCACAAGAGGUGUUCGGCUUCUCAACAUUCGGCAUAGCCAUGACACUUGUCCGGUGGUUCUCUCUACGGCUAGUGGACAAGUUGCUGCUUCUAAUCGCCAACCUUACCUUGGGCAACACAGACAAGUUAGGCCUCCGACGCCCCAAGACCGGUCCACUUGAGCUUAAAAACAUCACCGGCAAGACUCCCGUCCUCGACGUCGGGGCACUUUCACAAAUAAAAUCCGGUAAAAUUAAGGUGAUGGAAGGGGUUAAGGAGAUAACAAGAAAUGGAGCAAAAUUCUUGGAUGGACAAGAAAGAGAGUUCGAUUCCAUAAUCUUAGCAACCGGGUACAAGAGUAAUGUACCUACUUGGCUCAAGGGAUGCAAGUUUUUCACCAAGGACGGGAUGCCAAGGGCGCCGUUUCCCAAUGGUUGGAAGGGGGAGAACGGACUGUACACGGUUGGGUUUACGAGAAGGGGACUCCUAGGGACGGCCUCUGACGCCGUUAAGAUUGCUCGAGACGUUGCAGAGCAGUGCAGAACGAUGCCUACAAGGGAUCCCAAGACAAGCUGUAAUAAUUUCCCCUGAUAAUAAAUGUACAGUAAAAAUGGAAUUAACUCCUUUUCCGGCUAAUGGUACUUAAAAAUUUUACCAGGGUUGAGUUUUCUCUUCUUUUUACCCUUUUGUUUUACUCCUACUUAGCAAAUCUUGUUCACAGUACACUGAUAAAUUUCGUGUGGGGGU